CCACUCCUCUUUUUUUUUUUUUGGUUUCAUAAACUCCUUCCUCACUUCGUCCUUUCUCUUUCACCAUCAUGGCUUUCACUGGGAAAUAUGAGCUGGAGAGUCAAGACAACUAUGAGGAGUUUCUGCAAGCAAUUGGGCUUCUCAGUGCCAAGACAGACCACAAAGUCGUAACAGAGGUGGUUCAGGAGGGAAACAACUUCACCUGGACACAAAGCAUCCCCAACUGGACCUGGUCCAAUAAGUUCAGCAUUGGUCAGGAAUGUGAGUUGUCGACAAUGACAGGUUCCACAUUCAAGGCUCCUGUCACUAUGGAAGGAGGCAAGAUUUCAAUCCAAUUUCCUCAGUACCUCUUCACAGCAGAGCUCAUUGAAGAUAAGCUAGUAAUGAAUUGCAUAAUUCCAGGGGAGAAGGGCGUGACUUUCAAAAGAAUUAACAAGAGGAUCUAAUGCUGCGAGACUCAACAUGCUUCAAAGGAAGUGAGUGAGAGACAUUGUGAAAUUGCUUGCUCAAGUUACUGAAGCAAGAGGAACAAAGUCACAUUCUGUAGUGAGGAGGAAGUGGAACAUAUCUCGGCUUCACUGGACUGUAUUUUGUUUUAGUUUUUUGAGAUCUAACUUAUCAGAAAUGGUGAAACUAGGCCACACUAUGUACUGUAUUCCUGCUAGGAUGAAACAGUUCACCUCUGCCUGUGUUCAAGUUUGAUCAAAUAAAAGUCACUUUAAAUAUAGCCUGA